AUGGCUGCCGCUGCCGGCCGAUUCUACGGAGAAGGAGGCAGAGCAACUAAACGACAGAAAACCGAAGACGGAGGGAUGACCACGGAGGGUUACGAAGAUCCCCAUAAACCUCUGCCGUCCCCGGUGGUGCACAUCAGGGGCUUGGUUGAUGGUGUUGUGGAGACUGACUUGGUGGAAGCCUUGCAAGAAUUUGGGACCGUAAGCUCUGUGGUAAUGAUGCCCAAGAAGCGCCAGGCCUUGGUGGAGUAUGAGGACAUGAAUGCCUCGUGUAAUGCUGUUACUUAUGCAGCAGAAAACCAGGUUUACAUUGCAGGCCACCCUGCCUUCAUUAACUAUUCCACAAGUCAAAAGAUCUCCCGGCCAGGAGAUUCUGACGAUACCCGGAGUGUCAACAAUGUGUUGCUACUGACCAUCAUCAACCCCAUCUACCCCAUCACCACGGAUGUGUUGUACACCAUAUGUAACAACUGUGGUCCUGUACAACGGAUUGUCAUCUUCAGGAAAAAUGGUGUUCAAGCCAUGGUUGAAUUUGACUCAGUCCAAAGUGCCCAGAGGGCAAAAGCCUCACUCAAUGGGGCCGACAUCUAUUCCGGUUGCUGCACACUCAAGAUUGAAUAUGCUAAGCCAACACGCCUAAAUGUCUUCAAGAAUGACCAGGACACCUGGGACUACACAAACCCUAACCUUAGUGGACAAGAUGCUGAUGGUGAUGGCAAUUGGAACAAUUCACAAGAUCCUAAUGCGAACCCAAACAAACGGCAGAGGCAGCCUGCUCUACUUGGGGACCACCCACCGGAUUAUGGUGGACCUCAGGGAGGCUAUCACAGCUACAGUGAUGACAGCUAUGGACCUCCCCACCGAUUGGGUAUGGGUGGACGUGGUCGUGGCAAUCAGCGCUAUGGCGCCGGAUACGGGCCGCCACCCCCUGAAUACGGCGCUCAUGCGGACUCACCUGUACUUAUGGUAUAUGGUCUUGAGCCCUCAAAGAUCAAUGCUGACAAGGUCUUUAACAUCUUCUGCCUCUAUGGAAACGUGGAGAGGGUGAAGUUCAUGAAGAGCAAACCUGGAGCUGCCAUGGUCGAGAUGGGUGACUGCUAUUCUGUGGACAGGGCCAUCUCUCAUUUGAACAACAACUUCCUUUUUGGACAAAAACUCAAUGUCUGUGUAUCCAAGCAGCAGGCUAUAGUACCUGGACAGAGCUACCAGUUAGAAGACAACAGCAGUAGCUUCAAAGACUUCCAUGGUUCUCGCAACAACCGAUUCACCUCACCAGAGCAGGCAGCUAAGAACCGAAUUCAGCACCCUACCAACGUCCUGCAUUUUUUUAAUGCACAACCUGACAUCUCUGAGGAGAUCUUCGACCAGGUCUGCGAUGAAUUGGGAAUUAAGAGUCCUGCAAGUGUGAAACUUUUCACUGGGAAGAGUGAGAGAAGUUCAUCAGGCUUGCUCGAAUGGGAAUCCAUAAAUGAUGCCAUGGAAGCCCUGGCAAUGAUGAACCAUCAUCAGAUGAAAAACCCCAGUGGGCCUUACCCUUACACUCUUAAGUUGUGUUUCUCAACCACCCACCAUACCGCCAGCUAA